GUUGCAGAUAACGUGGAAGACGUUGCCCAAUGAUCACCAUGAAAGUUCGACAUAGCGGCAAGUGGGCAAGAAGUAAAAUGAAUGCUGCAAACUACCGCGAGCCACAGAAGAGCCUGGGCCGUGAGGGCGUCGAGCUUCCUUCGUCAUUGUUGGACAACAUCAAAGGAAGAGAUAUUCUGCUUUCUCUUUGUAAACAGAUCGGUCGAGUCUUGAAAGGAACAAGAGGAUAUUCGGUGAAUAAACUGGCCUGCCAAUUCCACCAACUUAAAUCCAUCAAGCACAUGUGGGAUGCAUUGGGGAGGUGUAUUGCAGCAUGUCUAUGUGCACCAGUGACCAUCCAGGAGUUGUCAACCAUGCUGGUCAAGGAAUGGAAUGCACUACCACAAGAAUUCCUUUCUAACCUUGUGGCCAGCAUGGGACCACAUUAUGAAACAUUUAUUGUGACCCAUGGUGAUCACACACUUCAUUAAAAACUAUGUCCCUUUUUUUGUAAUGUCCAGAAGACCAUCAUAAAUUGUGAAGACUUUAGUGUAAUUAUUGUCUUUGAAUAAAAGUGUCAUUUAUGGUUGUCUUAUUGCUUAUUUCU